AUGUCUGAGGAUGAUCCUUCAGACUUGGCUUCUUCCUCUAAUUUUGUUACAUCAUCUCAAGUACAGUACGGGAAAGAGAGAAUCGAACGUCUGUUGAAAACGGAAAAAGAAAAGUACGUAGUCAUUAAAAACGAGACUGUUCGCGAUGGAACAAACUGCUGGAAAGUAUUUGGUUUUCCUGCAAUGAAAACUGAAUCCGAUGGUCCAUUGACAAAAAUCGAAGGCUUUGCGUCAUGUAGAAAAUGUUUCAACACGUACGCAUAUACUCCAAAGACCGGUAACACUCGUAUCAAUGGACACAAAUGUGUCCAAGAUCUGAAGAAUUCAACCAAUGUUACAAAGAGCUCCUCAAAUACAGCACAGAGGUCAAUUGCUCAAUAUGCUACUCCAAAGUCGAUAAAACUGUGCGAAAACGAAGCAAAGACUAUCAAAGAUUUGACUGCCAAAUGGUUGUGUCAUGAUAUAAGGCCGUUCUCGAUUUCAGAAGAUCGGGGUUUGAGAGAAUUAAUUCAACAGUGUAUUCUUUUGGGCAGUAGACACGGAAAUAUUGAUGUCAAUGAUGUACUGCGUGGAGCUCAUGUAAACAGUAUUCAUAUCAAAUCUUUGGCCGAUAACUAUCGAUCCAAAAUGAAAGAGCAACUCAAGGAACCGUACGAGAAUAAUUGCAUUACUAUCAGUCCCGAUAUGUGGUCAGACAAACACCGAAAAGUAUUCUAUCUCGGAGCAGUGGCAACCUAUGUCGAUACUGAUCAUCAGCAUCAUGCUGUUGACCUAUUUUGUCGUCCGUACUUAGAAUCAGAUAAAACGGCAGAUAAUAUUCUCAUCGAAGCAGCCAAAGAAAAUUUAAUAACGGAGAAUAAACAGCCACCAUCAGCGACAACAACAGCGAGCUCAUCAUCAAAUAAUCGUUAUUCUUAUGAUCUCGAUAGUAGUAGUGAUAGUGAAUGGAGCGAUGAUGAUGAUAAAUUAACAUUGGACCAGUAUAUUUCGAGCUCAAAUGCACGUAAUGUUCAAAAAGACAAAGAUGUCUCAAAAGUUUUGUAUGAAGACGUCCCUUAUUUAGCCAAACAGGCUCUCAACACAAUAACUACGUGUAAAAAACUGGUGAAAUACGUUAAAAUCAAUGGACUGAAUAAAGAUAUUCAAGAAGCUGGUGGUGUUUGUUUACAACAGUCAACCGUGGUUCGCUGGUUGUCAUUGAUUCAGCUAUUAGAAUCCAUUUUGAAAUCGUACAAACAAACACGAAAAAUUUUAUUAGGACGAAAACAACAUCUCUUUAAUGUCGAUACGAAGAAUGUCCGAGAUUUGGCGAGAUUAUUGAGGCCGUUUAAACGUGUGAUAAAACUAAUUCAAAUGGGAAAUGAACCUUCACUGUAUAUGGUCUUGAUUUGUGUGUUGAAAUUGCGCAAAAUAUUGGCAUCCUUCAACAAUUUGCUGGAGUAUAUCAAUGAAGAACAAGAAAACGAAAAAAUUCGAAAGAGAGAAAAUGAUGAGCGUGAGUUGGCUGUUAGCGAUGAAGAAGCGGUGGAUAAUUUUGAAAGUGAAGACAUGAAAUUUUUCCGUCGACGUUUGUAUCAAUUAUUGAAUUCAAUGUUCAUUUUGGAUAUACGCCAUUAUGCGGCAACGUUAUUGAAUCCUCGUUUCAAACAGCUUCGAAAAUGCUCGAAAGGCGAACGCUUAAAUUGUCAUAAAUUUAUUCGAGAAGAAAUGGCUAUUAUCAUUGAGAAUGGAAAGAAAGAAGAUGAAGAAGCACAACAAUCAAGCAAUAAUCUGAAGAGGAAAAAAAUGAAACGAUUUGGACGAGAAUUUGAAAAUGAUGCGUCGUCAAGUGAGGAGGAGGAUAAAGCAAACAAAAGUGACAAUGAAUCAUUUGACAAAAUUCCACAACCGGAUGAACUCGAUGUGUAUUUGAAACUAACAGUUGACAGUGAUAUUUUACCUGAAAAUCCCUUGAAAUUCUGGCAUGAAAACUGUGCAACAUUUCCUGUUCUGUCUAAAGUGGCACGAAAAAUUCACUCGAUACCCGCAACAACAGCUGCUGUAGAACGGACAUUCAGCGCGGCGGGGUUAGUAGUAACUGAACGUCGAUGCAAUGUGAAUCCAUCACAAGCUGACAAUAUUUUAUUGAUAAGAUCAGUUGAAAUGAUGAACAGUCGUACUCUCGAGAAAUAA